AUGAAUACCGAUCAAGAAAACUUGAAGAAUUUGGAAAGAUCGGGUACCGAUGAACUCGAAUGGUCGCUAAAUCUUAACGAUUUCGAACUGAGGCUAAUUCGUGAGAUUAUCAGCAACGGCGACAUCGCCACAGUACUACAACUGCAACACCACCAACCAAAAUCGCCAGAAAAUUCAACAAAAUUUCCGGCAACGGGUACGACUGCAACUCCUCCCGUAGACGUGGCAAUGAACAGGGAUUUCACAGCAGGGCAAUGCAAUGAGAUGGUGGUUUCCGGUUUAAAGGAUCGCCGACCUCUGCUACCAUCACUGCCGGAGAAGAGGUACAGAGGCGUUAGUCUACGGCGGUCAGGAAAAUUCUCGGCUGAGAUAUGUUCACGAAGUAGGAGGCUGUGGCUGGGGACGUACGAUACGGCGGAGGAAGCUGCUAUGGCGUUCGAUCGAGCAGCUAUUAAGGAACGUGGAUCACAUACCUUUCUUAACUUCCCGGAUUUGAUCGGAACCCUAAAUGUAAGCCCUGAAAAAGAUACCAACAAGAAACUAUCGCUGUGGUCGGAGGGUUCACCGGAAUCAUCAACAAACAAUCACCUGAAGCAGAAAAGCGCCGCUGUUUAA